AUCUACAGGAGCAGCUACCUGCAGUGCAGAGAAACAUUUUCUCGUGAGGUGUGUUGGUGAUCCUCUGCAGCCAUGUGUGACCAGACGUUCAUGGCGGCCACUUUCGGCCCAUGUGACAGCUGCAGCAAAGCAAGUCCUCUGAUGAACAUCUACAUUAAGAACGAGGCCACCAACUACUGCUCCUUCUGCGUGGAAAUGAUGGCCUGCCAGGGGCUCCAGAAAGGGGAAAGCCUGGCAUCUCUGAAGAAGGAAAGCGAAAGUCUGAAGAAGAAGCUGGAGGAGGAGCGAGGCAAGCUGAACGACGUGGAGCUGCACCAGGUGGCUGAGAAGGUGGAAGUGGUGAGUGCUCUCUCCAUAAAGACCCGCCGUGUGCUGAAAGGUCAUGGGAACAAGGUGCUCUGCCUGGACUGGUGCAAAGACAAACGUCGUAUGGUCAGCUCCUCACAGGAUGGAAAAAUUAUUGUCUGGGAUGCUUUCACUCUUAAUAAGGAGCAUGGGAUGACCCUGCCGUGUACAUGGGUUUUGGCGUGUGCAUAUGCUCCCUCAGGUUGUGCUGUUGCAUGUGGCGGCUUGGAUAACAAGUGCUCUGUGAUCCCGCUGUCACUCGACAAAAAUGAGAAUUUGUCUGCAAAAAAGAAGUUAGUUGCCAUGCACACCAACUACGUAUCAGGAUGCACCUUCACUAACUCCGACAUGCAGCUCUUGACGUCCAGUGGUGAUGGUUCAUGUGCCCUGUGGGAUGUGGAGAGCGGGCAGCUGCUGCAGAGUUUCCAUGGUCACACAGCGGAUGUCUUGUCCCUGGACCUUGCCCCAUCUGAGACCGGAAACACUUUUGUCUCUGGGGGCUGCGAUAUGAAGGCCAAUGUGUGGGACAUGCGCUCUGGACAGAACAUCCAGUCUUUUGAGAGCCACGAAUCUGACAUCAACUGUGUAAAGUACUACCCCAGCGGAGAUGCAUUUGCAUCUGCUUCAGAUGACGCCACUUGCCGUUUCUAUGAUUUACGAGCUGACCGUGAGGUUGCUGUCUAUCAGAAGGACAGCAUUAUAUUCGGUGCCUCCAGUGUGGACUUCUCUCUGAGUGGUCGCCUGCUUUUCGCUGGUUAUAAUGACUACACCAUAAAUGUGUGGGACGUUUUGAAGGGAAAUCGUGUGUCUGUUUUGUUUGGCCAUGAGAACCGUGUCAGCAGAGUCAGAGUGUCACCUGAUGGCACUGCACUGUGCUCAUCCUCCUGGGAUAACACCUUACGGAUUUGGGCCUAGAGUUGUUCUUGUGGAUUUGUUCCAGUUAGGACCACAGCAUUAAAAGAUGAUCAUCACCUCAAGUCUUUGCAUGAGAUCAACACUACUUCUAGAAAGUGUUGAUACAGACCUUCAGUUUGACAGACCUCUAUAACAUCUCUGAAUGAGAAUAUUUAAUGGAUAUUUAUUUUAACAGUAAGCCUAAGAAGUUUGGAUUCUCAUACUUCAUUGUUGGCUUCAUGGUUCAUAUUAUGUAAUCGUGUUAUUACUUGUGUAGUGGGGAAAUUAUUAUUUACAUAAAGGCCAAAGUAACCUGUAGAAAUCAAAAUUAUUGUUAAACUGCCAUGUAGGCUUACAGACAAUAACACUGACUAUCAUGUAAAUUAUGUACAUCAGUUGAACUUUCUUGAUGCUACUCUAUUAUAGUUUAUAUAACAAAGAAAGACACCUUUAAAUAUAACUGCUGUUUUGUUUAGGUUUCUCUUUCUAUUUUUAAAAUACAUACACUUGAACGGUCUGGGUCAGUAUUGUGUGAGGAGAAAUAAAGACUUUUUUAUGUAUGAUCACUCAUGUACAGGGAGAGGUGGAACAAAACACAAUCCAAUAAAAUGUCUGGAGUACUUGCAAAUCUUUUUAAUUUUAACUACUUGUGCCUCACAGUCUACUUUAAUUUCAGCCUGCCAGCACUGAGAAAGACCUAAAUUUACUCCCAAUAGAUGCCACCAGCACAGAAUGACUCAUCUGUGGUGACACUGUCACAAGGGAGUCGUACAUCACCCAGUCAGGGACCACUGGCCUGUAUCAGUAGAAAAUGCCUGAAAGAAGAGCAGAUUUCUGCCCUUUAUUAGAGAUUAAACUAAUACAUAUUUAAUAUCACUUUGUGGAUAUUGCUGUUUGAAUUCUCCACAUUUAAAGUACUGCAUCCCUGAUUGUAUAUAUCUGGAUUCCCCUGUGCCCAAAAAUCCCAGGACUUUGUAUUCAUUGUGGUUGAUCUGAAAAUCAUUUAACAGACCCUCUGAACAAACACUAUUGAUCUGUUUCUUUCUUGUGUUGCUAUCAGUAAGGCAGUAUCACUGCACACUUCACCAUGUAAAAAAGCAAAGCUGAAUGUUGUUUUUUUAGAGAAUUAUUAGUUGAAUUUAGCAAGUUUAAAGAAUCUAAUAUUGUAGACAUGUCAACAUGUCUAUAGUUUGUGAUCAAUGAGCUAAAUCACUGAGGUCCUGUAGGUUUUACCCAAAAACAUAGAACUGAAAAUACUUCAGAGAAACCACCAGUUUCACCAACUUGUGAUGUAACGGAUGUCUAGCCACAAUUUGUUUCCCUAAAGAAUAAACAGUUUU